CACGGUGAUUAGUUCGGAUUUCCAGGCUGCAAUGUUCAACUGCUGCUUGCUGCUCGUCAGCAGCCGGGCUUCGAUGAUGACUUGGCCCACUGAAAUGGUCCGAGAUAUAUGAGCUCACGGCAUGGUCGUUUCGCUCAGACACUCACUGUCAAGCUACAAUUCACUGCUGCAAUGUGGCUAAUCAAAGCUAACCAGGGUACUGCCGGCUGCGUGGCCAGCAAACCAGCAACCUUUGCGUGCUCACUGUCGGUUUCUUCCCUUCCCACUUUCUGAGAGCUGGAUGCGACUCUUUCCUUUGACAUCCAGCCACUUGAUCGGAAGAUAUCACACUUCUAGGUGCAUUAUUGGCGCUUAAUAUCUUCGCGUUGGCCGUGUUUUUUGACUACGUCAAACAACCUGCUUCGACUUACUUCCAGGUUUCGCGCAUCCAAAUCUUUUCCCCCCGCGAAAAAAAAAGCCAUGUUGGUAGCACGCGCUCGCAUGGCUGCUUUUGCCCUAAUGGCAACGCCCGCCAUGAUGCAGACAACAACCGCACCUACGACAACAUACAUCAAAGUUUUUGAGGAAAACAUCGUCUUCUAUAGCCACUUCUUCAGCGAACUGGUCGGAAGCAUCGUGAACGUGGACACCGACCAAGACCAAACCACCAUUGCGAUCAACUGUAUCCAGAGCCUGCUCGCGAACUGUUCCACGAGGUCCCUCGGCAUGCCACCAACUUUCACCAUGGGACCCUCCACCUUUAUCUAUAGUUGGAGCUCGACCAGACACAAUUCCCAGGCAUACACUAUCGAUGUUCAAGCGGAGGGAUGCAAGAUUUUCUCUUCAACGGAAAGUGCAUCUUGCUGGCUCUAUGCAAGCUACUGGCAUUCGGACAACGCGACAAGCACUUCAACAAGUGUGACAGAAAACGUGACGAUGAAUUCGGCAGAUAUCACCUACGAUACCUUGAUGGUCACAGCCGGUGUUGAGAAGCUUCUAGCACCCGCCACAACAACACAGAAUCAGGAUGGGACCGGCACUGCCUCGACUGUCACUGCUUCGGUCUCUACCGCCACUUUUUCCUCCCGAUCAAGUUCAAAAACACAUCCCCCGAGUGCAUGGAUUGCAGGGCCGGUUAUGGGUGCUAUGAUUGGAUGUGCCCUAAUUGCAGCCGGGGUAUACUGGUGUCUCAGACGGAGGAAACAGAAGGAUCCGAUGACCACAGCUGAAACAGCUAUUCAACCCCCUUCGGAAGAAAUGGAUGCUUCCGGCAGCAUUUUAAAAACCCCACCUGAGGCAGAUAUGACAGCUGAAGCUCAAGGUACUCCUCUAGCAGAACUUCCGGCACAUAACUCUUCGUGGCCUCGGGAACUUGCCUAGUUGUUUGUCAUGUAGAGUCCCAACAAUGGCACUGCGCUGAGGGUUAGUGAGUAAUUAAUGUCCGAAAAUACGAGGCUAAGACAAGUUAUGCCUAUCACCUCUGUGGUCGACUGAUGGCCAUAGAAUAUCUAUGUGAUGCUUUAAACUACUUUGCAGAUUGACAAACAGCCUAGUGUACAUAAACUAAUAUCUCUAAUCGAAGACUCGUUCAAUGCCAGAUUAGGUUUUCG